AUGUUGCAGCGCUAUCGCUUACUGCUGGGCUCCGAUGACCAGCAGAGCGAUCGAUGUGCCAGAAAGGGCGUGGCGCAGCUCCAUGUGGCCUUCAUCGAGCGGCUGUUGGUGAAGGACCCGAGCUCGCGGCCCUUGGCCAAGGAGGCGCUCCGCGACCCUUGGCUCGCGGACUCCGACAAGAAGGGCCCCCUCUCCGGGCGCCAAGCUCGGAAGGCGAGGAAAAGCAUCGUGAGCUUCGCCCAGAUGAGCCACUUUUCCAAGGCGGCUCUGAACUGUAUGGCCGCGCAACUGGACACGCACAAGAUCGAGGAUCUCGCAGGUGCUUUCGCGGAUUGUGAUACCGACAACGACGGCAAGCUCUCAACCUCGGAGUUUGCCGCCGGCCUGGCAGAGAUGGGGGUGGACUUGGAUGUCAUCCAUCAGCUGGUGGCCAGCGUGGACAUGGAUUGUGAUGGACACAUCAACUACACGGAGUUUGUGGCGAGCCUGUUGCAAGCACAAGGCAAGCUCAUCGACGAGGUGGUCUUCCAUGCCUUCCAGAUCUUCGACCUUAACGGAGAUGGGCAUAUCUCGUUGGACGAGCUCCGGACGAUGCUCUCCGGCAACGGGCCGUUGUCCGCUGUGCUCCCAGAUGGCAAGACAGUGGAACAGGCGCUGAGGGAAUUGGACACCUCCAACGACGGCGUGGUGUCCUUUGACGAGUUCAAGGCGUAUCUGGCGCGCGAGGGCCAUGCGACAAAUGCCAACCCCGAGGAUGCCGUGGAGGUGGACAGUACCCUGAGCCUGGAAUCGAUCCUGCGGCAACUGGCGCCUUUGGUGGGCAGGCCCGAGGCAGAGCUGGUCAAGGAAGCCCGGCGAGUGCAGGAGGAGCACUGGAUCACCACUGUGGCCGACCUCAAGUCCCUCACAGACACAGACUGGCAGCGUUUGGCCUUGCCUCUUAAGCUUGAGAAGGCUCUACGGAACCACCUGACGGCGUAGUGCUCUCUCUGUCUUCCUCUUGCGGCGAGGCCUGGGUGCCAAAGCAGCACCCUGGUUCCGAUCGAUGCGCACGGGCGCGUGGUUCCCCAUGUUCCAAGUGGGUCUCGAGGGUUCUCAAAAUGGGUGUGGC